UCUUCUCUUCUUCCAGGAGGCUUCGCUGUCCCAGAAAUUAUAUCCAUGUACAGCUGUUUUUUACUUUUAUCUUAAAAGCUAUUGCCAUUUUCAUUAAGGAUGCUGUUCUUUUCCAAAAGGAAGACAUUGAUCACUGCAGCUUCUCUACAACUGAAUGCAAGAUCUCAGUUGUUUUCUGUCACUACUUCAUGAUGACAAACUUCAUGUGGCUGCUAGUAGAGGCCCUUUACCUAAACUGUCUACUACUCUCAUCUCUUUCUCAUGGAAGAAGAUAUUUUUGGUGGCUUGUUCUCUUUGGCUGGGGUUUUCCAACUCUUUUCACCUUUAUAUGGAUAUUAGCAAAAUUCUACUUUGAAGACACAGAAUGCUGGGAUAUUAAUCAAGAUUCUCCAUACUGGUGGCUAAUCAAAGGACCUAUUAUAAUUUCUGUUGGGGUCAAUUUUGUCCUAUUUAUCAACAUCAUCAGAAUUUUGCUGAAAAAACUAGACCCUAGACAAAUCAACUUCAAUAACUCUUCUCAGUACAGACGCCUCUCAAGAUCAACUUUGCUUCUAAUUCCAUUAUUUGGAACCCAUUAUAUUGUCUUUAAUUUUCUUCCGGAAUAUACCAGUCUGGGAGUUCGGCUUUACUUGGAGCUCUGCAUUGGAUCUUUUCAGGGGUUUAUUGUAGCAGUUCUCUACUGUUUCCUGAACCAAGAGGUACAAACGGAAAUUGGACGGAGGUGGCACGGUAAGAGAUAUGGACUUAUGCCAGUGUGGAGGAGGACAAGAUGGACUGUGCCAUCUAGUUCUGGAGUAAAAAUGACCACAUCUGUGUGCUAAAGAUGAUCUC